AUGACCUCCUCCAAAUCCUCCUCCUCCUCCAUAACCACCACCACCUCCAUGGUGAUCUCCACCUCCUCCAUAUCCACCUCCUCCUCCAAAUCCUCCUCCUCCUCCAUAUCCACCUCCACCUCCAUGGUGAUCUCCACCGCCUCCAUAUCCGCCUCCUCCUCCAAAUCCUCCUCCUCCUCCAUAACCACCACCACCGCCGUGGUGAUCAUCAAGUCCACCUCCUCCACCUCCUCCUCCAAAUCCUCCUCCAUAGCCUCCAUCACCUCCAUGGUGAUCACCACCUCCUCCAUAUCCACCUCCUCCUCCAAAUCCUCCUCCUCCUCCAUAACCUCCGCCGCCGCCAUGAUGAUCAUCAAAUCCUCCUCCUCCGCCACCACCAAAUCCACCUCCUCCUCCAUAUCCGCCAUGACCACCACCACCACCGUUGUCUUUAAUUACGAUUGUAUGAGAAACACCCCCUGUAAUAAAAUAAAUUAUAAAAAAGGUGUAACAAAAGCCUUAACAAUAUAA